AUGGCGAACGACACGAGCAAGCCAGAGAUAAAUGAUUCUCUUGAUGAAAAUAUGUUUCCAUCGAAGUUUGUAGAGGAUUUAACAGCGGAGAAUAAAUGUUUGCGACAAGCAUUUGAGCAAGCAGAAGAGAAGUUACGCGAAUUGUCGCAGGAAAAAUUGAAUUUGCAAAAUACAAUACGAAAACCGACUGAGCUGGUCACGACGAAAUUAACUGAACUUAGUAAAAAAUAUAGAGAUCGAACUGCCGAAAUGGAGGCAGUAAAAACAAAAUGCAGGAACUUAGAAGCUACUCUCGUCAUCAAAGAUAACGAACUGGAGCGCCAAAGAGUAGAAUUACAACAAAUUCUCAAAUCUGAAACACAGGAUGAAAAUCAGGAUAAUAUAGGGGAGAAAAAUCCAUCGGGUAAAAAUGACGAGGAACGAAUUAAAUGUUUGAAAAAUAAGCUGCAACGAGUACAAGCAAAGCUUUGUGAGUCUAGGAACACGUGUGCCAGUCUCCGGCAAGAUAUUAAUAAAGCACAAAAGUUAUUGUGCAGCGAGGUGGGUGAAAACGUCAGUAUCACCACACUUUCCAGUGUACCAGGUGGCUGGCGAGGACGUGCCGAGCAAAUUCGGAAUUUGCAGCAGAAAGUAGCGGAACUGCAGAUCAAAUUGUCCGAAGACGAGAAAUCGCAGAAAGAACCUUCUGAUCAACAUUUGACCAAUCUUCGAAUUAUUGAGAAGGAAAGACGAAAACAGAUCGAAAAUACAGCAAAGGAACUCAGACAGACGGAAGUGGCGUUGGAAACCUCGAAGAGGAAGCUUGACGCUUCCAAAGCGAGAGUACAAGUAUUGGAACAUGAAUUGAGCGUUGUAAAGGGGAAUAUCGUGAUGCUGAAUGAAAAAAGAUCUCACGAUGAUCGUUUGAUCGAUGCGCUUAAUGGACGAUUGAAGAUGGCUGAAGAGAGGCAUCAAGAGCGCGAGAUAGAAGUACAAAACAGGGAACACAAGAUUGAACGUGAGAGUAUGAAUAUCAAGAAUGAGUUGCGAGCAACGCAAUUGCACGUCGAUCGAUUACGCAGGCGAUUGGAAGAGCGUGAGAUCGAGAUCGACAAACUGAGGAAUGAUAUUACGUCGGAUGAACCUUUGAAGUGUCGAGCCUCGUUUCGUUCGGAUGUCCGAUCAAGCGAAGAGCACCAGAUCAGUUUGCCUACUAGCCCUCGCAGUUUAGGUGAACCAAACGAAUACGUGACCCUUGCUUUAGCUGCCGAAGCUGAACGGGUGAGAUUAUUAGAAUUGGUAACUGUGCUUAAUCAACGAUUGGACAAGGAAAGAAACGAAUCCGACAGCCUUGCGGAAUUGCUGCACAAGGAGAAAAGUAAAUGUGUAAAAUUGGAGUCUAAGUUGCGGAACUUGGAAAAGGAGAGAGUGGGACUUGCCAAAGUAGAUUCCAGGUACAGAGCAAAAUCCUGCGUAAGGUCAAUGUCGAGUCUGCGAACGAAUGAACAAUCUACCAACCCGGAAGAAAUUCGCUUUAAAAUCGAAUUACUAGAAGAGGAGUGUCUCGCUCUAAAGACCAGAUUAAAUACCGUGCAGCAGGACAAAGCUUGCGAUCUCGCCAUGUACAAACGAAUGCUCGAUCAGGCUAGAAAAACUUUCAAAGAUGCGUGCAGGAACAAACCGCUGGCCGCCAGUGGAAGCCGUUCCACGAUAACUAUUUAAGGCAAAACAGGAGGGAGCGAGAAGAAACAAAGGUUCGCCAAAGUAGAACAAGUCAGUAUUUGGGAAAUAAGAUUAAUCUAAUUUCAAGCUGCUUUCAGGAAAUUGUUUUAGCGAUAAA